AUGAGUUGCCAAAAUAUUUANAAAUAUUUAAAACCAGAAGUCAUUUGUGAUGAAUAUUUAAAUUUCAUACAAUGUUUUGAUGUUUUUCUUAAAACUGAUGAGUUGCCAAAAUAUUUACAUAGUGAUAAUGAUAUAGCUAAAGAUUCAGAUUCUGAAUUAGAAACGGAAAAUUAUGAUAACGAUGUUGAUGAUGAUAGUGAUUCUUUAAAAAAUGAAAUUGAAAAUCAUGGAAGUUUGUUACCAGUAUUCAGGGUUUUUAUGCGCAAUGGUCUUCAUACACUAUUUCCAAAUAUUUAUAUUUUGUUGAAGCUGUCUUUGACCUUGCCAGCUGGAAGUGUAUCAACUGAAAGAAGUUUUUCAAAGUUGAAACUCAUUAAAACUAGACUACGAUCUACAAUGGGAAAUGAUCGAUUAGAAGGACUAAUGAUUAUGUCCUGUGAAAAUGACAUAAACAUUAAUUAUGAAGAAGUUAUUGAAAAUUUUAGUAAAACUAGUCCAUAUUUAUUUAAAGCUUUACAUUAAAAAUAAAAAGUGUUAACUGUAUAAUGUCAUUACAAAAUCUUAUUAUUUUUUUUUUUAAUUAAAAUUUUUGUAUUUCAUUGAGUAUUAAAUAUGUUAUAUUUAUAAUGUAUUGUAAUGAAAUGUAAAGGUAAGAUCUAGCUGAUCUAGGACGUCUCGGGUUUCUGGUGUGGACAUCUUAAUUAUUAUUUCUAGUUAUUUUAAGUGAAUUACACUUACAGAUAACAGUUCAAUAAAAAAACGUUUUGUUUUUAAAUUUAAAAAAAUGGGUGGGACGGGGUGGGUGGGUAACUUUAGAUAGUUGCAUGUGCUCUCAAAAUACCUCUGUGCGCCACUG